AUUCCAAUCUGCGUUUCAAGCAAGUGCUUCAAAUAUAACAUUGUCCAACAUGAUAAACGUUUUCGCCUUGGUUUACCAGCUACAUUUGACUGCUUCUAUAGAAGGAGGUAGCUUGUCCAACCAUAAAGAAAUUGACGCCUCAAGAAAUUAUAGUGGGGGUACAAUCACAUCUCCAGGUUUUCCUGGAAACUAUACACACAACGCAUCAUACACAUGGACUUUUAAUACAGGAAAUCCAAAAUCAAUUGUGCAUUUGACAUUUGAUUUUUUGCAAAUUUUUGAAUACCAGAAUCACACGCCACGAUGUAAGGAUUUUUUACAGGUAAAUCGGACGGUACCAUGUUGUGAACUGGCUUUUAACAGUUGCGGUACCUUGAAACCUUUCAACCUAUCAAUUACUGGAAGCGUAAUUACGAUAUCUUUUGUGUCGAAUAGAGUGCAUAGUGCCAAAGGAUUUUAUCUUCACUGGAUAGUAUUCCUACCAGAAAAUCCAACGACGUCAUUGAAACCGCUAUUGAUGUCUACAAAAACUUCAACUACUAAAACAAAAACAUUAAUUACGAGGACAACAACGUUAGCGAAAGUCUCAUCGACUUCAAAAUACGCAUCAAAAACCUAUGCACACACAGGAAGAACUACACACGAUGCGUGGUUUUUAACGAAUGAUGCGACACAGAAAAUCUCAACCUUUGUUCAAACACUGUCAGACAAUGACCAGAACACUUCUUUUUCAGCAGUUUAUUUGAUCGUUGGAAUCUGCGUUGCUGAACUUACAUUGAUUGCUUUUGGAAUAUACAUGUAUUGUACAACGACACCAUGAAACCCACUAGUGAUAAAAGUCUUCCUGAUGGAGAAUACAACAACGACAGUAAAUAUUCAUCUCAUGAUUAAUCGUAAAUAGUUUAUGAGAGCAUUCCUCAAGAACACUUCUCAUGAGAAUAUUACAUACAAACAAGGACUUUCCGGACAAUAUGUGCAACAGAGCCUUCCAACAAAGACCAUAUAUAUGAAACAAACUGCGUUCACUCGGAAGUCAUAGGGUAAAAUAAGAAUUAUGAUUGCCGCAGAGAUGUACAUUUAUUUUCUAUAAUGUAACUGCUCAAUAUUAUAAUUGUUACGUGUGAAAGUGUGAUUUGCACAUUUGUAUAGUCUCGUUUUGUUUAACAUAAGAGUGUACUUUUGACAUUUUAUUUUCAUUACACUCUACAUAGAGUGCCUUAUUCCAUUUGGCAUGUCAAGUACUGAGCAGGAAACUUUUGUUACAUUUAAUUCCGAACCAUUAGAUGAUAAGUGGGAUAAACAUGUUGCAAAACAAGGAAAUGAACUGGAAACAUGUCUUACAAUACGAAAUGAUAUAUUAAAUCUAAAAAUGUAAAUUCAUUCAUAAUGUUUUAUAGGAACCCCUUCCUUUUUUUUUUUAAAAAUAAAUAAUACAUUGAUAUUUGUCUUUCAUAUACAUGUAGCUCCCCAGCGGGCAGUUAAAAGCUAUACUGAACUUCGAGUUGUUUUGAAGAGGUCCAUUUAUUCUAAAGAGAUAAUGAUAAAGUAAAUAUCUACUAAGACACCCAAAGACGAUUGAUUAUUUUUAUUUACGGGGAUAUAAAAUACGACGUGACAUAAUAGCAUCUGAGAUAGGCAUAAUAAUAUAAUUGUACGUUGUUUUGGUUUUUUUUUAGCUUUUUAGUGGACCUUACUAGGCUUUGUAAUUUGAGUACGUCUGUAAGAAUUCUACGUUUUUUAUGCUCGAUAUUUUAAUUGUAACAUUUGAAACUAUGAUAUAUAUGUUUGUAAAGUUUUUUUCUUUUUUUAAUGUUGCAUCUGUAAAUUUAAGCCGUUUGUUGAAUUCGAUUCUGUCCCAUUAGAUGAAAA